AGCAAGUGUCACGCCGAUCCAUCAUAUUCAUCCAUCGCUAAUCGUAGUUCGUUACCUAUUUUGCGGUAUUCGUGAUUGUGAUUUACAGGCAUUGUGGGGAAUACCAAGUGAUUUCAUGUUAAUCGAUGGCUCUUUGAGGAUUUCCGUGGAUUACUGAAGGCGGUCAGCGCGUUCCCGCUAUUUCUGGUGACUCAUCUAGACUCCAUAAACUCGUCACUAUGGACACGGACGAUGGUGAAUCUUCAAGCAGCGGGCCUAUGUCCAGCUUGAAUAGCUUAUUUUCUUUCACAAGCCCCGCUGUAAAGAAAUUGCUUGGGUGGAAACAGGGCGAUGAAGAAGAAAAAUGGGCAGAGAAAGCCGUGGAUAGUCUGGUUAAGAAGUUGAAAAAACGAAAAGGUGCUAUUGAAGAAUUGGAGCGUGCUUUGUCGUGUCCUGGAACGCCCUCAAAAUGUGUAACAAUUCCACGAUCAUUGGAUGGCAGAUUGCAGGUAUCCCACCGCAAAGGUCUCCCACACGUGAUUUACUGCCGAGUGUGGAGAUGGCCAGACCUACAGAGCCACCACGAGUUGAAACCUCUAGAAAUCUGCCAGUACCCCUUCAGCGCCAAACAGAAAGAGGUUUGCAUCAACCCAUACCACUACAAACGGGUCGAAAGUCCCGUUCUACCUCCAGUCUUAGUUCCUCGACAUUCCGAGUUCGCGCCGGGUCAUUCGUUGUUACCUUUUCAAAGAACCACCGAACCGUCUAUGCCCCACAACGUGUCCUACUCGGGGUCAGGUUUCCCACCUUCGGCGUCAUCAGAAUUACCCGAUACACCUCCACCGGCUUACUCCCCACCGUCCGAUGACUCCGAACCGCCCGGGGAAGUCGCUCCGGUUUCCUACCAGGAGCCUCUCUAUUGGGCCUCCGUCGCCUACUACGAGCUGAACUGCAGGGUAGGAGAAGUAUUCCACUGCAACUCCCACUCGGUCGUGGUCGAUGGAUUCACAGAUCCGUCGAACAAUAGCGAUCGGUUCUGCCUCGGCCAACUCAGUAAUGUGAAUAGGAACUCGACUAUUGAAAACACGCGACGUCACAUAGGAAAAGGAGUUCAUUUGUACUACGUAGGGGGAGAAGUGUACGCGGAAUGUUUGUCGGACGCUGCGAUAUUUGUCCAAAGUCGGAACUGCAACCAUCAUCAUGGUUUCCACCCUUCAACAGUGUGUAAAAUCCCACCCGGCUGCUCGCUAAAGAUAUUCAACAAUCGUGAGUUCGCGCAAUUGCUCUCGCAGAGUGUUAAUCACGGUUUCGAAGCGGUGUAUGAGCUGACGAAAAUGUGUACUAUCCGUAUGUCGUUCGUGAAGGGCUGGGGGGCGGAGUAUCAUAGACAAGACGUGACUUCCACCCCCUGUUGGAUCGAGAUCCACCUUCACGGGCCCCUCCAGUGGCUGGACAAAGUUCUCACUCAGAUGGGCUCCCCUCACAACGCGAUUUCGUCCGUGUCUUAGCCGGGUUAUAAUCUCACAAAUUAUCUGCAUUUUUUUUUAUCGUGCCAUUUUCGAAAUUCCCAAAUCGUGAUGUCUCACUGUGACAUCUCAAAUGUUAGACGUAUUAUAUCAUAUUUUUUAUAAAUCGUAGCUCAAAUUACGUGUCCAAGCUUAAGGAAUGUAACGUAAGUAUAUGUAUUAAUAUAAAGACAUACUAUAGUAAUGUUUAUACUCGGGAAUGUAUGACAAGAGAAGAUAUUAUUUGUGUAAAUAAAAUGUUCGCGAAGUUUUUUUUUAAAUAGUUCUUAUUUUAUUUUUAGCGCUCACAGGGUUACUAAAAAGAUAGGUGCUAUCAGCAAGUUCUCCAGUGUCAUAUACACUAUUAUAUUCCAAGUAAUUAAUUAAUUUUGCGCUCCUUAAACUCAAAAUACAAAAAAUACAUAUGGCAUCGAUACAGUUUGCUUCGAUCGUGUAAUUCUGUUAUUAC